CAGCUUAGUAAAAAUCGAUGUAUAAAUGGAAACAAAAAUGUGCGGCGGUUUGCCUGAGCUGGGGAUAUCUAACGGAGAGGACCUGAAAGAAACUCUCACCAACUGCACAGAGCCUCUGAAGGCGAUUGAUCAGUUUCAGAUGGAAAAUGGCAUCUUGUUGCCAACUCUCCAGUCUGCGCUUCCUUUUCUGGAUCUCCACGGAACACCUCGACUAGAGUUCCACCAGUCAGUCUUUGAUGAACUCCGUGAAAAGCUAAUGGAGCGAGUCGCUUCGAUAGCCGAGGGAAAGGAAGAGGACAGAUAUGGGAAGCUUGAAGAGUUGCUGGAGAAAAGCUUUCCUCUGGUCAAAAUGCGAUCCAUUCAACCAGUGGUGAUGCAGGUUCUGAAGCAUUUACCCAAGGUACCUGAAAAGAAGUUGAAGAUGGUCAUGGCUGAUAAGGAGCUUUACAAGGUGUGUGCCGUGGAGGUGAAAAGGCAAAUCUGGCAGGACAACCAGGCCCUAUUUGGGGAUGAGGUUUCACCGCUACUAAAGCAGUAUAUUGUGGAAAAAGACGCAGCUCUGUUCAGCAGUGAUCUCUCCAUUCUGCAUAAUUUCUUCAGCCCAUCUCCAAAAAUGCGACGUCAAGGCGAGGUGGUGCUGAACCUGACCCAGAUGAUUGGGAAGAACGUAAAGCUUUAUGAUAUGGUGUUGCAGUUUUUGCGAACACUCUUUCUACGGACACGAAAUGUCCAUUAUUGUACUCUUAGAGCAGAACUGCUAAUGUCUCUUCAUGACUUAGACAUCAGUGAGAUCUGUUCUGUUGACCCUUGCCACAAGUUUACAUGGUGCUUAGAUGCCUGCAUUCGAGAGAAGUUUGUGGAUGGAAAGAGGGCCAGAGAGUUGCAAGGGUUCUUAGAUGGCGUCAAGAAAGGACAAGAGCAAGUCCUUGGCGAUCUAUCCAUGAUCCUCUGUGACCCAUUUGCUUCCAACACCAUGGUGCUGACUAUCAUGAGAAACCUGCAAGAGCUUCUAAGCCAGGAUGCUUUACCCAGGGACAGUCCUGAUCUGAUGUUGCUUCUGCGGAUGCUGUCUCUUGGACAGGGAGCGUGGGAUAUGAUUGACAGCCAAGUCUUCAAAGAACCUCGUUUGGAUUUGGAACUAAUGACACGCUUUCUGCCAGCCAUGAUGUCGGUGGUGGUGGAUGACCACACUUUCAGCGUCGAGCAGAAACUUCCCAUUGAAGAGAAGACCUCACUCUCCUAUCCUUCCAGUUUGCCAGACGCUUUUACCAGAUACAUGCAGGAGAACAGAGUGGCCUGUGAAAUGGGUCUCUAUUACAUUCUUCACAUCGCCAAGCUGAGAAACAAGAAUGCCUUACAAAGGCUGCUACCUGCUCUAGUGGAGACCUACAACGACAUGGCUUUUGGUGACAUUUUCCUACACUUGCUAACCGGACACCUCACACUGCUCUCUGAUGAGUUUGGAGGAGAAGAAUUUUGUUCAGUUGUUUUUGAUGGCUUCCUUCUGACUACAUUUUCCAGUAAAGAGAAUGUCCAUAGACACACACUCCGUAUGCUGCUCCAUCUCCACUCCAAGGUGUUACCUUCGUUUAUGGAAACUUUGAUGAAAACUCUGGAACCUCCGAAACAGAGCAGUGAUCCCGUGAAAGAGCUACACAACCAACUCAUUGAGAAGAUAGAGGCCCAGAAGAAGAGUCCUCCACUGCCAGAGGACACUCCAUCCCUUGAUCUCAGCCUCCAUCCUGUGAAUGUUUCCACCACUCCCUCCACCUCUACUACACCUCUCUGAGAUAGAAGACACAUGGAUGCAUUUGAAUUGAGGCUGAAUGUAAAUAUAGGUAUAUAUUGAGUCAGAAGACUGGGUGUUUUAAAUGUUCGUUUGUACGAUUUUUUUUUUUUUUUUCUGUGAAUGCCUCUGGAAAAAACUUUUCCAGCUUUUGACUUUGUGCUUUGCAAGCUAUUUUUGUAUGUAAGGGAGAAACCGGAGCAUUUUUUCAUCCAAAAUAAAUUUUGUAUUUGUGCGUUUCAAUAGUCACCAUUGCAAGAAAACAAAGAAAAUUUUAUGCGAGUGUAUGUUCAUGAUGGGAUCACAUUCCCAGAGUCUGGACAAUGGGGUAAAUGAUCAUGUCUCUUGAAGAAUUACCUUAAUGCAAAGCAUUAGAAAAACUACAGUGAAGAAAAUAAGUAUUUGAACACCUGAGAAAACCAAUGUUAAUAUUUGGUACAGUCGCCUUUGUUUGCAAUUAAAGAGGUCAAACGUUUCCUGUAGUUGUUCACCAGGUUUGUACACACUGCAGGAGGGAUUUUGGCCCACUCCUCCACACAGAUCUUCAGAUCAGACAGGUUUCUGGGCUGUUGCUGAGAAACACGGAGUUUCAGUUCCCUCCAAAGAUUUUAUUUUGGGUUUAGGUCUGGAGACUGGCUAGGCCACACCAGAAUCUUGAUAUGCUUCUUAUGGAGCCAUUCCUUGGUUUUCCUGGCUGUGUGCUUAGGGUCAUUGUCAUGUUGAAAGACCCAGCCACGACCCAUCUUCAAUGCUCUGACUGAGGGAAAGAGGUUGUUCCCCAAAAUCUCACAAUACAUGGCUGCGGUCAUCCUCUCCUUAAUACAGUGCAGUCCUCCUAUCCCAUGUGCAGAAAAAUGAAAUGUGGAAUUAUGACCAAAAUGUUGCAUUUUGGUCUGAUCUGACCACAAAUUCUUCUGCCAUGACUCUUCUGUAUCAUCCAAAUGGUCAUUGGCAACCUUAAGACAGGCCUUGACAUGUGCCGGUUCAAGCAGAAGAACCUUCCAUGCCAUGCAUGAUUUCAAACCAUGACAUCUAAGUGUAUUACCAACAUUCACCUUGGAAACGGUGGACCCAGCUCUUUUCAGGUCAAUUUCAAACCAUGACAUCUAAGUGUAUUACCAACAUUCACCUUGGAAACGGUGGACCCAGCUCUUUUCAGGUCAUUGACCAAGUUUUGUCAUGUAGUCCUGGGCUGAUUCCUCACCUUUCUCAGGAUCAUUGAGACCCAACGAGGUGAUUUCUUCCAUGGGGCUUCACUCCGAUUGAGAUUGACCGUCAUGUUUAGCUUCUUCCAUUUUCUAAUGAUUGCUCCACCAGUGGACCUUUUUUCACCAAGCUGCUUGACAAUUUACCCAUAGCCAUUUCCAGCCGUGUGUAGUUGUACAAUUUUGAAUCUGGUGUCUUUGGACAGCUCUUUGGUCUUGGCCAUGAGUCUUACUGAUGGUGUGGACAGGUGUCUUCAUGCAGCUAACGACCCCACACAUUUGCAUCAGAUUCAGGAUAAUACAUGGAGUGGCGGUGGACUUUUGAACGCAGACUAACAGGGUCAGAAUUCUAGCUGAAAGACAGGUGUUCAAAUACUUAUUUGCAGCUGUAUCACACAUGUCUGAUCUAGAGAUUUGUGUGUAGGAGUGGGCCAAAAUGUGCAGUGUGUGCAAACCUGGUGAACAAUUACAGGAAACAUUUGACUUUUGUAACUGCAAACAAAGGCUACUGUACCAAAUAUUAACAUUGGUUUUCUCACAUGUUCAAAUACUUAUUUGCAGCUGUAUCACACAAAUAAAUCAUUAAAAAAAUCAUCCAUUGUGA